UACGGUACUGUAUGAUGGCAUCAUGGGGAAAGUUGACUAGCGGUGCACAGCCACCGCAUCCUCCAAACGUGCGUGCACACUGCAAGGCGUUGCAAACCACCUCAUUGCUCAAUCAGCGCCAGUGCUUUGCUCUCGAGUCCUAAGCGUUAUCAUGUCGUUCGAGCAUGCUCCUGUCACUAAAGGUCUCAUGAUGGGUAGCGCAUUGACAUCCAUCAUUGGUGGCAUUUUCGACGUCAAGCACUACUUACACCUUCAGCUCGUGCCUCACGUGUCACGCAACCAUCAGUACUGGCGCCUCCUACUUCAUCAGACUGCCUUUUCGAAUUCAAGCGAUCUCCUCGUUGCCGAAAUUUUGCUAUAUGGCGUCGGUGUGCAUGUGGAACGUCAAUUUGGAAGUGUUAAAUUCGCGUCAUUUACCGUGGCCUCCGUUCUGCUCGCGACGAUAUUAGAGUUUCUUACUCUCAUAUUAUUCCACAAUAUGGGAAUCAACCAGAUCCCAUCUGGUCCAUCCGCGCUAAUCUUCAGCAUUCUUUAUCAAUGGUAUAGGCUGAUUCCCCCAGCGUACCAUUUUCGAAUAUUCGGAAUUGCUGGGAGCAAUAAAGCAUUCAUGUACAUACUUGCUUCUCAGCUCGCUUUAGGGCACCUUCCAGGUUCAUUUGCCCCAGCGGUUGUCGGACUGCUCACUGGUUUCAUAUAUCGCUCAGAACUUGUCAAUAUUAAAAGUUGGCGAUUGUCGCCGUCUAUAAUUCGCUUUAGUACGCGCUUCCUGCUUCCAUUGAUAGGCUCUACUCGUGCACCACGACGGUCUACCCGUGCUCGUCCCGAAACAACCCAUCCGACGCCGAACCCUGAAAUCGGAAAUGAAGAAGUAAUCACCACUGCGCGUCCUUCGGCAGGCACAGAAGAAACUGGAGGCUCCGUCGUGCGGGAAUGGGUUAACGAGCUCACAGGGAGGAACGAGCAAGGCACGCCAGGGGUCCGUGUCCCGAGUGAUGCUGAGAUUACUCAGUUGACAACCAUGUUCCCAAAUGUGCAACGAGCUGUUAUCGUCGGGGCAUUGCAGAGGAGUCCAAACAUCGAGAGUGCAGUUGAAUUGCUCUUGACGUCCUGAUGAUAAUGCUGCUUUCAUUUUGGACAUCCUUAUACAUCCCUUUGCAGAAGUUUUCCCAUCGGAACGGUGUCUCACGUAUUCUGGGAAUACACAUAUCUUUUUGCAUACUAAGAUACAUAGCUCGGUAGGAAAGGGACACCUUCAGGCCGCGGACUCAGGUUCAUCCCCUUCAUACCCCUCACCAUCCUCGUCCUCGGUAGUGAAAGCAGUCAUAGGCACAGCGUAAAGACGGAUCACCGACUAAAACAUAUGGAUGAGCAAUGAAGCGAAUGGAGCCCUAUGGUAUG